AUUGCGAGCUUCUGUCGAAAUGUUAGACAACUGAUGAAUGCGAGUGAAAUGUAUGCAAAUUUGGUUCGAGUCCUGUAAUGUGCCUGGAGACGACUGUCUGAAUGGGAAGCAGUUCGAGUCAGCUGAUCCCUGUAUGCUAGCUUAUGCGUGAGUUGCCCCCCAAUUGUGCGUGAGUGUAGUCGUGCGAGGCGCGAAAUUCAAAUUUCAAUCUUGGCAACGACCUUAGAGAUGAAUGAAUUGUCUAGGAACUGCGGCUAGGCUACUGUUGUCCAAGAACCCCGUAAAAAGCACCAAUCAAGCCGGACCCCUGCGGACACACCGCGGUCGAACAGCAAUAAAACUUGCUCACCACCACAUGCACAACACAGGUUCGCGGUCUACAAUUAGUUUUUUUGUUGUUGCUGGCCGUUGAUGCAGUGGAUGCUACUUUCACGCUUGGCCACUUGUAGUCGCUGCGAUAGUUGUUGCUCCCGCAUUAACCCUUACUAACCGCCUCGAUUCGAGAAUGUGUGGCAAUGACCGUGUUUUCCCUUGCGCGUCCUAGUGUUGGUGUGCUGCUGAUGCUCAUUGCCCGAUGCCAAACACGAGAUACUAUUAUGUACUACACCACUGUUAGCAAUUACAACGCUGAUUCUCUGAUUCUGUGAUUGCGGCCAGGUGACAUGAAAUAAUUGAAAAGAAUUCUGCUGGCGACGUUUCUAGUUAACUUUCGGCUACCGGUUGUUAUAGCUCGUCCUCCGCUGGCGGCCAAUAGAAUGAUUGGAACGACUGUAUUGUAACUGGUGUAAUAAGCUACGACCCUGGACCAACCCGCCCUUGGGAACCGCGCGGGAUGUGCUAACUCCUCGCAACGAUUGAUAGUACGGCAAAGUGGUUUGCGACUUGGCUAAUAGAGUGUCCUUCGGGGAUAGUCCUUUAUUUUUAUUAUUAAAUUUUUGAUGAAAGUGUGUAACUGUUGGGCAACGAACUUUCCAUUAUUCUUCGAUGAAAUUUUCCAAUUUGUUACUUUAAGUUUCAAAUGAAAACAUUAUUUUCUCCGUUGGCUGAAUUUCCGCGAGGGGAUCUGAACUGGCCUCUUAAAUCUUCCUCCUUUUUGACCAAAAAAGUGUUUUGAAGGAAAAAGUUUUGUAGUGUGUUUAGCUACUAAUAUUAUGUGGAUGUGUGGUUGUGGUCAGUUAGAACAGCAAUUGAAUGAUUGACAUAGUGUUUCGCGACAUGUCACAUUUCCCCCUUCGAGGAUCACCCAGUACUCAGAACACCGUUUCAUCUAGUCCCCCAUCACCACCACCGUCGAUUGUACCAGUUACGAUGGCUGUUACAUCGACCGUACCGCCGGGUGCUCGUAGUGCAUCCCCGUGUACAGCACCCUAUGGUCAACCGAAUUCAAGAUGUUGUGAUAAUGGUCGGACAAUUUUCACAGAUCCUGUUACGGGACAAACAUUGUGUUCGUGUCAGUAUGACUUAUUAAAUUAUCCUCGAUUAGCGGGGGCGGGUAUUGUAGCGGCUGGACCGGGUGCUGUACCAUUAGGUGUAUAUUCAGAAGGCAUUUCGGCAUAUUUAUCAGGGAUUGGAGCUGAACAACCACCAUUUUAUACAAAUGCGGCCGGUUUGGAUUUGAAGGAGAAUUUAGUGGGCGGACCGGCACCUUGGCCGUAUCCAUCCGUUUAUCAUCCGUAUGAUACAGCGUUUGCUGGCUAUCCGUUUAGUGGCUAUGGAAUGGAUCUCAAUGGUGCCCGACGAAAAAAUGCAACCCGCGAAACUACAUCAACCCUGAAAGCAUGGCUUAAUGAACAUAAAAAAAAUCCUUAUCCAACGAAAGGUGAAAAAAUCAUGUUAGCGAUUAUAACAAAAAUGACAUUGACACAAGUAUCGACGUGGUUUGCAAAUGCCCGAAGAAGACUGAAAAAGGAGAAUAAAAUGACAUGGGAACCAAGGAAUCGUGUGGAUGAUGACGAUGCAAAUGUCGAUGAUGAUGAUCAUAAAAGUAAUGAUGAUAAGGAUAUUUUAGACGCUAAGGACUCCGGUAUCGGUUCAACCGAGGAUAGUGAUCGGCCGUCAAAUCGUCUUGAUCUGCUCGAUCGGCCCGAAGGCAAUAGCGAAUGGUCCGGAUCACGACCAGGUAGUGGUAACGGAUCACCUGAAAUAUACGAUCGUCCUGGUGGCGGUCAUCCUCUCAUCCACCCAGCUGCCUUACAUCACCUACGACCGCCUGUUGGAUCACCACCUGAUGCUAGUAGUCACACCCCCGGAGCCAGUACGAACACAAGCAAGCCCAGAAUUUGGUCGCUGGCAGAUAUGGCUAGCAAAGAAUCGAAAGAAAGUGGGAGUGAAGGACGUGCAGUCUCAUCUCCAACACAUCCGUAUCAUCCGCAACACCCGUCACCGGGUAAAAUUCUAUCACCUCUAGCCGGACGUUUACCAAAUUACUCACCAUAUGGUCGACCAGAACUUUAUCGAGGUUUCUAUGGACCUGCUGCAGCACAUUUAGCUGGACCACCUGCUGAUUUCCUCGAACAUCACCAAAGAUCACCAUUCAGUGCCAGUUUAGCGCAUAACGGCCUUGGAAUGAACCCUCUGCUAUGGAAAGCGGCUGUUAGUGGAGGAGCGCCAUCUUUUGCACCUUUGAGUUUAACUACGAAUCAUCAUCAGACAGCUCCUCCUGCUGGAGUAUCGCCUUCAGCUUCGAGUACUUCAUCAUCAGGCGCGGAACAUUCAGCUCCACCUCCACCAAGUUCAUCGCAUUCAACACAUCCGACAACGCAAGGACCAACAUCUGGUAACUCGUCGUCAUCGUCAUCGGGUAAACUUUCACCUCCGCCAGCGAGUAGUAAACCAUGACCGGUAAUACCAUUUCUCAAUCCGGAACAAAUGAAAUUAUCAGUGAGGCCAUAAAUGUUCUCUAGAACGUAUGAAGUGAUUGUGUGCGCGAAUUAGUUCAUCAUUUAGGUGGUGCUUCGCGAGUGGUACUUCAUUACCCUUGUUCGUUUCGAUCGUUUUCACAUCAAAAGUAGUCGCUCAUUGAGAACUAGUCUGGCCAAAACUGGUAUUUCGCAACACUAAGGAUUAAAUAUUUAUUAUGAAUACCAUCUAGUUUACUUUCGAAAAAGUGAGAAACCCUAAAAUUUGUUGACCGUGCGAAAAUAAUUGUAAAAAGCAUUUGCAUCGCGAUCAAGUGGAUUGAAAAAGAAAAAAAUGAAAUAAACGAAAAAAAUCUUUCGGACAAUAAUUUACAUGUGAUUUAUUUAUAUUUAAAUAAAAUAAAAUAAAAAAAAUGUCGAUGAAGAUCUUUAAAUACAAAAAUAAAAUAUUUACACAAAAAUAUUCACUCACAGAAUAUGGAGUUGUCCAAAACACGUAACGAAUGGAUGAACAGCAAUCAUGGGUGGAAUUAAAAGAAAGUAAGUCUUAAUAUAGAAUUAUCUGAAAAUAUCAGGGUGAGGCGAUCUGUUAUAUUUAGCAAGAGUGGAGAGGUCUAGUUGGGGUUAGCUUUAUAUUUAUAAAUCAGUUGUAGCUCUCUUCGAAGCGUCGUUUUCUUCUGAGUAUUGAAGGAUUUUUUUUAUCGAAUUAGUAGAUGAAAUUAUGCUAUAAAAACAUAAGAACUGUAAAAGGAAAUAUCAUUGUAUCCAAUAGUUUCACUGUUGUGAUUUUUUACUUCCGACCUCGAACUUUGCUUCAUUUUGGAGAUUUAUUGCAAGCAAGGGAUACUUUAUUUACUAUUUGGUUUAUUUAUCAAAUAUGUUUCCCUCGAUGAACUUAUCAAUUCUUCGUUGUUUUUUCACCCCCUCUGUAACAAUUAUUCUCCCUAGCCUCUUCCUCUUUCCACAAAAGAAAAACAUCUAAUUUUGACCCUGCAAUUCUUUUCAUAAAUGGCUUUCCCAGCCUGGAAAUAAAUUUUUAUUUUAAUUUUUGUGUAAAUAUUGCUGUAAUAAAACUGUAUAUGUAUCAUAAAUAUAUUCUUAAGAUCAUAUUUAGUGAUUAUAAGACAAGAAAUAAUAGAAAAGAAAUAAAAUCAUUUCGUUGUUAUUUAUUUAGUUGGAGUUAAUUAUUUUACUUAGGAAUAUGAAAUGAUUCAAAGUGUGGAAACAUUUUUCUUUCUUUAUUUCUAUAUUUAUUAUAUUCGAGAAAUAAACUUUAAUUAUCCAACCCGAACAAUUUAGCUGUCUCUGUAGUUUCGAAUCCUGAUUAGCUUGAAGCACAACUAGUUCAGCUAUUUUCUUUUUCUACCUUCUUUUUUUUUUAGUUGACAUCUACAUCUAAUUCUAAGAAAAGUAAUUUACUCCAACUGAAUUAAAAAAAAAUAUAAAAAAAAUCAAUGAGUUUUUGCUACCGUGGAUUGAAAUGCAAUAAUUAAUUAAAAUUAGACACGAACUAAAAAAAGGAAAAUGAAAUAAAAACGAAACACAACUGAACUAUUACGAAAUAUUUACGCAUGUGGUUAAAAAGUAAAUCUAUAAAUAAUAAAAUAGUUUUAGUUUACGUUUAGGAAAUCUGUAAAUAUUAUAAAUAAUAUGUUUAUUAUAAAGGAGACUUAGCUUAAAAAUGAUAGUCCAGAACACACAUACAUGCAUACAAUACAUACACAAACAAACAAAAUCAAUGUUUUUAAGGUGAAAUAUAAUAAACGUGAUUUAAUAAAUACGAGUAAAUAAUUGGAGAAUGAAAAUAGUUUUUAUGUUUUAAUUUUACUUUGUUUAUUUGUUGUUUCUAAGAGGAUUUAAAAUCAAGUAAAAGAAGUAAGUAGCGAGCGUUGAAGCAAACAACGUUCCAUUAAAAGAAAACAUAGUUCCCUACAUAUCAGAAGUAUAAAAUGUAAUUUAAUGAGUUGUAAUAGAUAUUUAAUAUAAAAAAAUUGCGUUCCUUUAUGUUUUCUUUUAGAAACAAUUUUUGUUUAUUCUCAUUAUUGAUUCCUUGUCUAAUUUGAAAUGAUUAGUUAAUUAACAAGUUAUAAAUCGAAUUUCUUUCAGUUAUUUUCCCAAAAAAAAACAACUGAAAUGACACUCCUUUUCGUUGAACCCCACCUGACAAUUGAAAUCGGAAUAUAAUUGAAAUUAUAUUCCCCUGAAUUCACUAAAUUCGAAGGCAUGUAAUUAUUAUCAACCCUGAAUUUAUCCAUUAUCACAAAAAUCAUUGUGAACAAUUGAGAUGACAAUGUAAAUUUGAUUAAGUUCAUAUAUAAUAUAAAUAUGUAAUAAAACAAAGAAAUACAAGCAAAACCAUAUGUUAAUUAAUUAAUAUGAGAAUUACAAUGAAUCUAGUUGCAAUAAAAUGUGAAUGAAAAACAAAAGUGAAAAAGAAAACCCGAAAAAAAGUGGAGAAAUAUUCCAGAAAUAAAAAUU